AUGCCAUCGUGGCAAGAGGUCGCCGAAGCCAAGCGGGCGCAGCGGGAGGCGCUCAUCCCGGACGCAUACAAGGUGGCAGCCGAUUCGUUGCCGGCUGCGAGCACCGACUCCGUGGUCGACUUUCCUCGCACCACUGGGAUCCUCUCGGAACGCGAGAUCGAGAUCACGGAGACUGACGAUGUCUCUGUCUUGCUAAAGAAGCUAGCGAGUGGUCACUACACCGCUGUCGAAGUGUUGGAAGCCUUCAUCAAGAGGACGUGCAUCGCGCAUCAGCUCGUCAACCCUCUCACCGAGAUCCACUUUGACGAUGCAAGAAAGCUCGCGGCUGAGCUUGACGCAGAGCUCAAGUCGACCGGAAAGGUGCGCGGCCCGCUGCACGGUCUGCCGAUGAGUGUCAAGGACCAAUUCCAGAUCAAGGGCUCAGAUGCGACGAUCGGCUACAUCAGCUAUGCGAACAAGCCUUCGACGGCCGACUCGGUACUGGUUGAGGUGAUCAAGAAGGCGGGAGCGGUGCCAUUCGUCAAGACGAAUCUGCCUCAGACGAUCAUGUAUUCCGAGUCGUCGAACCACCUGUGGGGCACAACAUUGAACCCGCACAACCGAACGCUGCACCCCGGUGGCUCUUCGGGUGGUGAGGGUGCACUGGUAGCCAUGAAGGGAUCGCCGCUGGGUGUAGGUACGGAUGUGGGUGGGUCCGUACGAAUCCCUGCGGCGCUUUGUGGACUGUUCGGACUUCGACCGUGCUCGCACCGAUUCCCUUAUGAAGGGGCCGUCAACUCUCUGGUCGGACAGAUCACGAUUCCUUCCGUACUGGGUCCGCUUAGUCGAUCGCUGACAGGUCUGACCGAAUUCUCUAAGGCGGUGCUGGCUCAAGAGCCGUGGCUGCUGGAUCCACAGACGCCAUCGAUGCCCUGGAACGAGGACCGCUUCCAGCAGGCUCGCACACAGAAGAAGCUCAACAUCGGCGUGAUGUGGCACGAUGGCGCCAUCAAGCCCUCGCCACCGUACGAGCGUGCCAUCAAGGAAGUGCUUUCCGCGCUAUCAGAUCACGACAUUGUCGACUUUGAGGCGUACAAGACGAACGAGGCGAUGGAGAUCCUAGUCGAGGCGUUCAUUGCAGAUGGAGGCAAGGACAUCUCUGCUGCCAUUGCGCCCCUCGAUGAACCUCUGGGGCCCUGUCUGUCCGGUAUCGGCAAGCCGGAAUACACGGGUCAUCAAGUCUGGCUGGCCAACAAGCGCAAGCUCGAGUUCCAGAAGGCCUACCUGGACCACUGGAAUGCGACUGCCAAGCAGACCAAAGACGGCCGUCCCAUCGACAUCCUCAUCGUGCCGGGCAUGGCCUAUACUGCCAUUCCGCCUGGCAACGACAUCUACGUGGCGUACACGGGCAUCUUCAACCUGGUCGACUAUCCAGCUGUCGUACUGCCCAUCACCAAGGUCGACCCGGCCGUGGACGGACUGGCCAAGAGAAGUGGGGACUUCCUGUCGGAGGACGACGAGAAGUGGUACAAGAAGUGGGACGCCGAAAAGCUUGUCAAUGCCCCUGUCAGCGUUCAGAUCGUCGGUCGAAGGUACGAGGAGGAAGCGGUGCUGGGUUAUGCCGAGCAAGUUUGGAACGCCUUUGCUGCUUCCAAGACGAAGUGA